AUGGCCGCGCUGGCCACAGCCCAGGUGACCUCGGAGGACCAGGAAGUGCCGGAGCACAAACCCGUGUCUCUGCGCUGCGCCGCGUUCCGCUCCGGCUCCGGCAGCGCCCGGAUCGAGUGGAAGUUCCAGAGGGGCUCGAGCCUGGUGCUGAUCUACUACGGGGGGGAGCUCACAGAGCCGUACCGGGACCGUGUCCAGUUCUCGCCCACGUCCAUCCGGUUCCAGUCGGUGACGCGGGAGGACAGCGGCAAAUACAUCUGCGAGGUGGUGGCCGAUGGCAGCCACAUCGCCAAGUCCGAGGUCAACCUCAUCGUGCAAGUGCCCCCGGGGAAGCCGCUGGCACACGUGCCCAGCUCGGCCACGGUGGGGGCGCGGGCGGUGCUGCGCUGCUCGGAGGCGCAGGGCUCGCCCCCGCCCACCUUCCGCUGGUACAAGGAUGGCACCGAGCUGCCCGCGGACCCCCGGGCCAGCCCCGCCUUCCGCAACUCCUCCUACAGCCUGGACCCCCGCUCCGGGGAGCUGGUCUUUGAUCCCGUGGGGGGGUGGGACACGGGCGAUUAUCACUGUGAGGCCUCCAACAACGUGGGCAGCCCCCAGAAAUCCGACGUGUUCCGCAUGGAAGCCAGCGAGGUGAACGUGGGCGGUGUCGUGGCCGCCGUGGUGCUGCUGCUCCUGGUGCUGGCGCUCGCCGCCUUCGGCCUCUGGUUCGCCCACCGGCGCGGCUACUGCGGCAAAAAAACAGAUGCCGGCGGCAAGAAGGUGAUCUACAGCCAGCCCUCGCGGCGCAGCGAGGGCGAGUUCAAGCAAACCUCCUCCUUCCUGGUGUGA